AUGCAGCCGUCAGCUGCCACUGCUGAGGGCCUCAGCGGCCCCCUCUUUGGGGCCUACACGCUCCCCACCUUCAAGUUCCAGCCUCGCCGUGAAAGCAUAGACUGGAGGCGCAUUAGUGCCCUGGACGUGGAGCGCGUGGCCCGGGAGCUGGACGUGGCCACCCUGCAGGACAACAUCAUCGGCGUCACCUUCUGCAACCUGGACCGCGAGGCGUGCAGCCGCUGCGGGCAGCCAGUGGACCCCGCGCUGCUCAAGGUGCUGCGCCUGGCUCAGCUCACCAUCGAGUACCUGCUGCAUUGCCAGGACUGCCUGAGCGCCAGCGUGGCCCAGCUGGAGGCCCGGCUGCAGGCCAGCCUGGGCCAGCAGCAGCGCGGCCAGCAGGAGCUGGGCCGCCAGGCCGACGAGCUUAAGGGCGUGCGCGAGGAGAGCCGGCGGCGGCGCAAAAUGAUCAGCGCCCUGCAGCAGCUGCUGGUGCAGACCGGGACGCAGAGCUGCCACGCGUGCCACCUGUGUGACAAGACGUUCAUGAACGCCACCUUUCUCCGGGGCCACAUCCAGCGCAGGCACGCAGGCAUGGUGGAAGGUGGGAAGAAGCAGCAGGAGCAGUCAUGGGUGGACUCACUGGAAGAGCUGCGGGCCAAGCUCAAGUGGACCCAGGGGGAGCUGGAAGCCCAGAGGGAGGCCGAGAGGCAGCGGCAGCUACAGGAGCUGGAGAUUGCUCGUCAGAGGGAAAUAGAAGCUAAGAAAGAAUUUGAUGAAUGGAAGGAAAAAGAACGGAGCAAGCUCUAUGGGGAAAUAGACAAGCUAAAGCAAUUAUUUUGGAAUGAAUUUAAAACUGUGGCCAACCAGAACUCCUCGCUAGAAGAGAAGCUUCAGGCACUGAAGUCCCACAGUGUGACAGAGUCCCAUCUGGGAUCACUGCGGGAUGAGGAGUCUGAGGAGCGGCUCCAGCAGGCACAGGAGCUCCAGGCCCUAAGGGAGAAGAUGGAGGUUCAGAAAGCAGAGUGGAAGAGAAAAAUGAAGGAACCAGAAGAGCGUGCCUUGGAGAAGCGAGAGCUGCAGGAGGAGAACAAGCGGCUGCAGGCCUCGCUGUCUCAGGAUCAGAAGAAGGCAGCCGCCCAGGUCCAGCGCCACAUCAGCGUCCUGCGCCAGCUUCAGGACCAAGCUAGGAUGAUCGCCUCCCAGGAGGAGAUGAUCCAGACUCUGUCCCUCCGGAAGGUGGAGGGGGUCCAAGAAGCACUGCAGGCUGUGGACACAGAGGAGGACUCUCCUGAGGAAGAGCUGGAGGACUCCAGAGACAAACAGAAGGUGCUAGCAGCUCUGAGGCAAAACUCUACUUUGCUGAAGCAGUUCCGGCCCAUCCUGGAGGACACCCUGGAGGAGAAACUGGAAGGCAUGGGGAUAAAGAGGGACACAAAGGGAAUCUCAGUUCAGACGCUGAGACACCUGGAGUCCCUGCUGAGAGUCCAGCGGGAGCAGAAGGCAAGGAGAUUCUCUGAAUUUCGGAGUCUGAGGGAAAAGCUUAUCAAGGAAACCACCGGCAGAGUGAAAAAGAGAUGGGAGAACAGGGCUACAGUGCCCCAGCCCGAUGGCCAACCUCCAGUCAAAAGCCAGCAGAGCACACUGGUCACUGGAGAGGCCCGGACAAAGACCAGGACCCUGCAUGUGACAUUGCCAUCCAAGUUGGCAGAGCCACCCAUUCCUCAGAGUUGCAGCAGCCCUGACCUGACCCAGGUGUCCACCCCCACUCCACGCCCCAGAGCACAUGGAGCCCCCAGCAUCCCAGCUUCCCCUGGACCUGGACUGAGCAGCACGUCCCCGUUCAGUUCUGAAGAUGACUCAGAUGGGGACGCUGUGCGACACGUGUCUCUUCAGCCCCCAAAGGUUCCCUGUAGGAAGGCACCCCGGCCCGAGAAUGACUGGGACUGGUCCGAGUCUGAGUCCUCAGAGGAGAAGGGCUCGGGAGGGCUGGCUUCCUCAGGAACAAUGGUGCAGUCGAUGAUCAAAAACCUCGAGAAGGAGCUUGACGCUCCAGCCAAUAAGCCUGCUGGUGGGGUCAGUGUGUUCCUGAGGCCCAACACUGGUCCACAGAGGGCUGCUGCACUGGGAAGAAAGCCUCAGCUUUCUGAGGACGAAAGUGACUUGGAGAUCUCUUCAUUGGAAGAUCUCACCCAGAACCUGGACCAGAGAGAGAAACCAAAGCCCUUGUCUCGCUCGAAGCUCCCAGAGAAGUCUGACACCAGUGCUUGGAGCUCUGGCCGACCUAGGGUCCCUGGCUGGUGAUCCUGUCCAGAACCUGGCAGGCAGAGGACCAACCUUGUCACUUGCUGGGGCCAGCUUGGG